CAAACCGGAACAGGACAACGAGCGCUGUCAGUUGCAGAACUCACUUUUCUGUCCGGUUUGCUUUACCGGUAAAUUCGGUAGUAUUACGUUGAAAUCAAUCGUUAAAGCUAGGGAACCACGUACGUUGUUAGACAUCUGUUUGUUUUAACAACGUAAAUAUGAGUGACAACGAGAAAGAGUUCAGGGAGCAGGACUCUCGUCCCGGCUCGAGGAGUGCAUCCCCUCGGGGAUCUGCAAAAUCCACCAGCCACUCGCCAGCACACUCCAAAGAUGGCUCCCGCCAUUCCAGGUCCAGAUCUCAUUCAGGAUCAAGAUCCAAGUCUAGGUCCCGGUCCCACAGAAGCUCACGCAGGCACUACUCCCGCUCUCGAUCCCGCUCGCACCGACGCCGUUCAAGGAGCCGAUCUCGUAGUGGGGAGUACCGCCGCCGUCGGAGUCAUAGCCGAUCCCCCAUGUCAAACCGACGCAGACACAUUGGCAACAGGGCCAACCCAGACCCCAACAACUGUCUGGGCGUGUUUGGACUGAGCCUCUACACCACUGAGAGGGAUCUGCGAGAGGUUUUCUCUAAAUAUGGCCCUUUGAGUGACGUCAACAUCGUGUAUGACCAGCAGUCUCGUCGGUCGAGAGGCUUUGCCUUUGUCUACUUUGAAAACAGCGAGGACUCCAAGGAGGCAAAGGAACGCGCUAACGGCAUGGAGCUUGACGGACGCAGGAUCCGAGUUGAUUUCUCCAUUACUAAACGAGCCCAUACCCCCACCCCUGGAAUCUACAUGGGCCGUCCCACGUACGGCGGAGGCGGCAGCGGAAGCGGAAGCGGAGGUGGUGGUGGCGGCGGCGGCGGCGGUGGCAGUAGCAGCAGUGGUGGUUCAUCAAGGCGUGUCUCAAGGGACUAUGACAGGGGCUACGACAGAGGCUAUGACAGAGGUUAUGAUCGUGACUAUGAUCGUUAUGAUGACCGAGAGUACAGAUCAUACAGACGCAGAUCUCCAUCUCCUUAUUACAGCAGGGGCUACCGCUCUCGAUCCCGGUCCCGGUCCUACUCACCACGUCACUAUUGAGAGCAGCAUUAGAAGAGUCAACAACACAUUCAUUGAUAAUGUUUGAAUUGCUUGUUUCUUUUUGUUUAGUUUUUUUUUUGGAUCAGGUUUGUUAUUGGAAUUAUGUAUUAAAGGUUGAAACUGACAAUGAAAUUGUCUGAAAAUGCUGUCUGUCACCACCAAAACAUUAAAGAUAAUUUUAUCUUUAAAGAAUCAUGAAAAGGUGUUUUGCCAAAAAAUUGAUGUGGCAAAAAAUCAGUAAGCUUGUAAAUGGGCAAGGCUCCAGUUCUGCAUCAAAUGUUGAUAACUUCUCACUUUCAUCAAAAAAUGUGAACUCAUACUUUGGAUAAAACCAAAUUGCUAACAUAAAUCCAAAGCACAGCCUGUUGUGAAUGAUUGAUAUGCUCGACUGACUUUAUUUUACAUUAGAAUGAUUUUCUGUGAAAGUUAUAUACACUUUCUUAUUUUGCUGUUUGUUUUUUGCUGGUUUCUUUGUUUCUUUUUGGUGGAAUGUUCUUUUUUUGGGGGGGGGGGGGUUGUACAUAAGCAAUAAAAAAAAAUGUAUUUGGGUUAGUAGCUCUGUUGUCUAUAACACUGUAGUAUCAUCUAAUGGUCGCAUUGUCCCAAUGAUUAAGAGGCAAUUUUGCUCCAGGUAUUGUACCGUGAAGUCCUAUCAAACUCUCUGGAGUUUGUAUUUUUUUUCUUGACAGAAAUAAAACAUUUAAUGCUUUGA